GAAUUUUAGUCACAAAUAAACAUGCGUUUACAUUGUCUUGUUGCUGUGUUGGUUGUACUUGUUUUGAUUGAUGUUGGAGAGGGAUUCUAUCGUAGAUACUAUCGAUAUCAAGGGGGUCGUAGAUACUAUCGAUAUCAAGCUGGAGGUAGAUACUAUCGAUAUCAAGCUGGAGGUAGAUACUAUCGAUAUCAAGCUGGAAGUAGAUACAAUCUUCCCGAGAUAACUAAUGGUUCAUGUAUGAAAUGGUCCAUAGUGAAAUAUAUCGUUACACACUUCACCUGCCCAAACCCUGAUCCCUGUGUCAUGAUAGACUGUAAUUGUAACGGGAAAUGUGUUGAUGGAAUAUGUCAAUGUUAUACUGGGUUUCAUGGACAUUUCUGUUCAGAGCCAAUUCCGGAAUGUCAAAAUGGUGGAAACUUAGUGGCAGAAGAUGGUAAAUUGAAAUGUAACUGUCUACCAGGAACAUCCGGUGAAGAUUGCACGAUAGAUUGUGGAGCUGUUCCACCGGGUAAUUUUUCUACAGGAACUGCAGCAAGUGGUACGACAUUCCCAAACGAAGCAGACUACACUUGUAAUGAAGGAUAUGAAGUAGCAAGUGGUGAUUUCAGUAUUAAAUGUCUAGCAUCAGGCCAGUGGGAUGUUGCUAAUAUUCUAGUUUGUCAAGCUAAAGAUUGUGGACCUCCUCCAGAAGGUACUUUAUCAACGGGAACUGUUAAUGGUGAUAGCACAUUUCCCAACAAUGCCACCUACACUUGUGAUGAGGGAAAUGAACGUCUAAGUGGUAAAACUGUGAUCUCGUGUCUGGCAUCAGGACGAUGGGAAACCGAUAUCCUAGUUUGUCAACCGUCAAAAAAAUGUGAAUCUUUACCAAUAGAUGUAGUUUUUGUUGUGGAUGGAUCAUCAUCGGUUACUUCUGAUAAUUUCACCACGAUGAUAAACGCGAUAGCAGAUUCAGGUUUUGUUGUUUUCCCGAGGACAGCAUAUGUUGGUCUUGUAGUUUUUAGUGGUAAUUUUCAACCUGAUGAAGAUAUAAUUCCUCUGUCCCCAAGUGACCCCAAUACAUUGGCAACAAAAAUCCGCGCACUAGUAAAUCGAGGUGGCCUUGGUGAUGCCUCGUUUGGUGUAAGUACAGCCCAGGACACUGCUUUUAACAAUAGACGGCCUGAUACCAUGGACCUAAUAAUACUACUAACUACCGGAAACUCGACUAAUCCUCAAUCUGAUGCAAAUAUGAUCUUCAACAUCGAUAUCAGUGCCUACGGAAUUGGCCCGGAUGUCGGUCUGGCUGACCUGGAAAAGUUUGUUAACUCUGAUAUUGCUGCUGUAUUUCUUGACACGUUUGAUGAAAUUCAAGGAGUUUUUGAUCCCAUAGCUGCGUCGCUUUGUUAAUGUCGUAUAUUCAGUACGUGUAUUUCUAUUAUUUUGAUGACAAUAAAUUAUAAUGCAGUUUU